AUGAUGAGGAAUGUCGAUGUUGCGGCUCCCAUCCGUCUUUACCCUGACGCGAUCGUUCAUAGUGAUGUUCUGAAUCGGCAUAUCCGCAACCAUCAUUUAGCAUCCCCGCAGGACGGGGAGAGUGCAGUUGUUCCACAAAGCGAGCCUGUGAUGGAUGAGUUGCUAGAGACGACCAAUCCUCCGCUAGAUGCUAGUUCCGGAGAGAUGAACACAGGAAGGGGGAACCUGCCGUCCAACACGCCUUCCUCGUUGCAGCGCAACACGCCGCCUGAGUGUCCGACUCCACAGGAUCUUAGUGUUCAUGACCCAGGCAAUGAUGAUUGGAAUGGCAUGCAUCUUGACGAUGACAUGCAGGGACUACAACUUCCCUGUACCGAGGGGCUACCCGGAUCCCUCGAAGAUAUUGGCGCCGUGGGAGUAACAGACGACCAGCAUCCGCCGCAACUCGCGGCUUCUCAAAGUCCUGGACGAGGAUUUACUCCAUUUAAUCCACAUAUCGACGUGUCUCUGGGAAUGACGCAGCCAUCCAUCACCUGUGGCACCUUUGAUAUCAUACCUCAUCUGGAUUUUGGCUCCGUUUUGUUGGAUGAUUUGCUUUUGACACCACCAUCGUCCCGAGAUCACAGACUCCAUCACCACCAAAAAGAUAAUAUUUCAAAGGAGCAGUUUGAGCAGGUGCGACGGCUCUGGCCCACAAGACGUCGGAAAGUCACCCUCUCCCCGUCCCCUGUGUGCUGGGAUGACAUUCUUCUCCACCCCGAAGAUAAUAUCUUCUCUUCGACUGAAUUGAAAUCCAUAGCAAGCCUUGAGUCCUCACCUGCGACCGGGUCACCCUGGGGACUUACUGAGGCUUGCCGGCACCGCCUGGCUCAAAGUAUGAUCAGCCAUGCGCCUCACAGCGCGAAUCAAACAAAUGGUCUCGACGAUCAUGGGCCAUGGAACGGUGAACCACCACCCACUGAUAUUCUAGACCUGUGCCUGGAUCUCUACUUUGGUCAAUUCCAUGUUCAUCUACCUUUUGUUCAUCCGGGGACAUUCAAAGCUUGCGAUACGCCCAGUAUCCUGCUGUUUCCUAUGUGCUUGGUGGGUAUGAUGAUCCUUAACAGAAAGACAGCUCACAAAUUGAUUGCCAACCAUCUACCGGGCGCCAUUGACCACUGUAGAGCUGAGCUGAAAUCCCAAACUCUCCGCCACUGCCCAGGCCCGGAGUUAUUGACUGUCCUGGGUAGCGCUUGCCUCCUUUUAUUUAUUGCCGCCUCGACGGCUGAAAUAGCCUUUGAAGACCGACGGCAGUCGCUUUAUGAAGAAGCAAUGGCUAAAGAUAGGGGACUUUUCGACUCGCGUAGUUACAGCUACACUCUCAUUCAAGCUGUGGGAGAUGAGAACAUCAUGUGGAAAGCGUGGGCUCGGAUCCAAUCCGCUCAACGUCUUACGGCCUGCCUGAUUUUGGCUGAUGUAUACUCGGCACACAUGCUGAAUGUUGCGCCUAUCCUUUCACCUGAGAAGGUGUAUAUGCCGCUUAUAUGCCGUGAUUCCUUGUUCACAGUGUAUUCCUCACAUAAGUGGAAAGCCCUCAUUGCGGUCGAGGACCCAUGGAGACAGCCGCUCUCUGUGGUACCUGAUAUACAGAAUCUUCCAUCAGGGCUCACUGGACUGGGACUUCAAACAGCUCUUACAUUAAUAUGGCUCCGUAUGCUCAAACCUCGCCCCCAAACGCAAGGCCGCGCGGCCCUUGUGUUUGAGCCCUGGACGCCCAACGGUACCCUAUCGUGUGAAGACACGGAGACCGGCAAUGCACCUUCUAUUGGAUCUUGUCUGGCUUCGGCUUUUGAGGUUUACCGGUCGGAGCUCAAGGACGGAAAUGCGAACUCACUGAUCCUAUGGCAUUACUUAUGUCUUCGUCUCACGAGUGACCUUGGUGUUAUCGAGGAUGCGGCCGGUCGGAAUGGCCCUGAAGCUGCAAUGGUAGCCCUUGAACGACUGAGGCUAUGGGCCAACUCCCCUAGUGCUCGCCGUGCCUGCCUACACGCGGCUCAGAUGUUCGUGACCAUCAAUAAUCAUCGUGUCUCUGAUGGAUUGAUGCUUCAUUCGGAAAUGGCGUUAUUUAAUGCAGCACUUGUCAUGGGGUUUUAUUUACUCACGGCUCCUAACUUCAAAUCGAGCGAUGGCCCGUGUUAUGACAUCCUUGAGGAGGUGGACUGGAUGCAUCUGGGGGCAUUGGGGUUGGAGUCACAGCCUCCGGACGAAGCCGUUUCUUCAGUCUCGGCAGCUGCUGGAUUCAUCCAGAAUGGUGGUCCAGUUUCCUUCCACGGUGCAGAAUAUUGCAGUAAAUACGGUGCGGCCCGGAGGUCGUUUAUGAAUGUUGCUUCUCAACUUGAAGAAGUGGGUAAAUGGAAUGUCCAGGAGUAUUGCAACGUGCUGCAUAUAAUCAGUGACACCCUGUUGACACCUGAUGGUCAGAAUGCCAGAUUAUGA